GACUGAAGUUUCAAGGGGGGGGGAGGGUGAUAAUUGCAAAUAGUAAACCAUGAAUUGUAAAGGUACUGUACAUUGUUUUCAUACCUAUGUGCCUUGUUUGUUCUUGUAAAUUGCUGUAUCUUUUAACUGAUGUGUUUUUAACUGAGGCAUAUUUGUUGGUCUAGUUGUUGUUCCCCGCCUGGGUCCAUGGGGAGAGGUAGGUUAGAAAUUAUAACAACAACAACAACAGGCAACCUAAAGUCACCGAAUGGUCAUUUAAGGGUUUUGCAAGCAGAUUCAAACUGGGGGAGGGAGGGAGUGGGUUUGAAGACUGGCAAGACUGUGUGUGUGUGUGUUGUGUGUAUGUGUGUGAAAGAGUGAGAGACAGAGAGAGAAAAAAAAAGGGGGGGGUCUUGGUGUGAUGAAAAGAUGUCCUUAGAUGCCUCCUCCAGAUUUGGCCAAAUGUGUGAAAGGACAAUCCACUUCCACCCAGCCUCCUCAUUUGUUAGCAGUGAAAACUGUGUGUUGUGCCCCUGCUUUCCCUUUCAAAAAACUACUUACCAGCUCUCAGUCCAAAGGAAAGAAAAAGCAAGUUGCCUCUAAGCCAGCCAGCCAGCCAGCUGCAGAUUUUUGGGGGGUGGGUGGGUAGGAAGGCGGCAGGGAGUGUAGUCUGGGAAUGGUGGUGAUGGGAUAUGUUUUCUUUUUGUACCUCCAGCAUGGAUUUCUGUCCCCCCCCUUCUUCUUCUGGAGGAGGGACCAAAAGGAGAAGAGACAGAUGCUGAGGUCUUUCCAUUUGGCCAAUUCUGCUUGACAGGGGUGAAGUGAUCGCUGGAAGGGCAAGGCGAAAGAGCAGAAGCUUGGGGCAGAACAAAGCUCUGUCACAACUGUGCUUCCUGCUUGUCGCCUCCUGCCUGUAAGCGGCUGAAUGUUUCCCUGCUUGAUAUCAUCAUGCAGAAAGGGAUGAACGUGACGCAAUGAGAGAUUCAGAAAACAAAGUAGUCAUUGUGGGAGGACAAGAACUGCUCUGGGUGUUGGAGUUUAGACUGGGCCACAAGACACCGUGAUUUAUCUGGCUCUUUUCAACGGCUGGACAAAAAUGGAGACUCUGUCCCAGGACACUCUGCUGGAAUGUCAGAUUUGUUUCAAUUACUACAGCCCUCGACGGAGGCCCAAGUUACUGGACUGCAAACAUACCUGCUGCUCAGUUUGCCUUCAGCAGAUGAGGACCAGCCAGAAGGACCUGAGGUGUCCAUGGUGCCGAGGUAUCACUAAACUGCCACCAGGCUUUUCUGUCUCCCAGCUGCCAGAUGACCCAGAGGUCAUUGCUGUGAUCGCAAUACCCCACACUUCAGAGCACACUCCGGUCUUCAUCAAACUUCCUAGCAAUGGGUGUUACAUGUUGCCCUUGCCCAUCUCCAAGGAGAGGUCCCUCUUGCCAGGAGACAUUGGCUGUCGUCUUCUGCCAGGCAGCCAGCAAAAGUCUCUCACUGUGGUGACAAUCCCAGCCGAGCAGCAGCCGUUGCAAGCUGGGAUCCCACAGGAUGCAGGAGAUGAGGAGCAAGACAGGAGAGGCAUAGUGAAAAGCUCCACCUGGUCAGGGGUUUGCACUGUCAUCCUGGUGGCCUGCGUCCUUGUCUUUCUCCUUGGUAUUGUCCUCCACAAUAUGUCAUGCAUCUCCAAGCGUUUCACUGUGAUCUCCUGCGGCUGAAAGGAGGAUUCCAUGACGAAAUUCCUGUGGGCUAAUUUUUGGGGUUUGGGAGGGUGGUUACGGUGGUGGCAGGAUGCCAUGAGAUGAAGCACUGUCACAUGGACUGUUCUGCAGUACCGAGUCAUUGACAUCAGGCAAACUGGUUGAUAGUCCAGUCUGCUGUAAAAAAAAGUAGGGCUUUGAGACCUGAUGAUAGAGUAUGGGCACAUCCAAUGCUUAUUUGCUGGUAACCGUAUCAAGGAAGACUGCAUGCAUCACCAUAAUCACUUAACAAAUGAGCUGUAAUUUGUAAUGAUUUCAUCUUGUUAUGAGAUUAAAGAUGUCUGUUUAGCUGGUUCUACUGUAAAAGUAUAGGACACAAUCUCUCCCUUUCUCUCUGUCUCUCUUUCUUAACAGAGUAGUCAAUUUACAAAUCAAAAUGCUGUGUGUUCAAGUAGAUUUAAACAUUUCAAUUAAGAAAUUCGAGCUACCCAGUACUUUUCCAGACGUAGCAAAAGCAUAACUCUAUUUUUAAACAGCAACAGGGAAGUUGUUCAAAAUAGUCAUUUAGUCAAUAAGGCUUUUUGUAUCUUUUAAAUUGCACAUGAAUUAAAAUGGUUUUAAAAAUCUGUGCCAUAGUUAUAGAAAGGAAACUUUUUUUCAAAAGCAUUGAAAGUAUUUUGGAUGUAAUAUAUGUAUGUCUAUGCUCAUUCUGUUUUCUUCUGUAGUUUAAGUGAUUUUUUUAAAAAAGUGAAAUGAGACUGAAGCAUAGAAGCAAUAAAGGGAACUAGGAAGAAUAUGUAGAAGUGCAGCCAAAUUGUUUGUCCCUUCUGCAAACUUUACUUGAAAAUAUAAAUCUUGGGCAUGCUAUUUCAAGCGCACAUUGUUAAUGGAUUGGGUUUUUCAAGCACCUGUCCUUAAGGAGCUAGUAGGAAUAGCAUAAUCUCAAGAUGCUGGCUGAUUUUUCUCCAAGUGUGGCACAGUGAAUGACUGCUGAAGACUUUUGAAUAAUAUCCUGUGAAUGCAAGCUGAAGCAACAUUGAAGAAAGCAUAACUAAGGUGCAGUUCUAUAGAUACUCAUUUGUUAUUGCAACUGUGAAGUACAAAUUGAGGUUGUGCUUAUGAUCCAGAAUGUAUAAAUAAAUCAGAAAUGUGGCACUGGCUACAAUCAGAAGCAUUUACAUUGUGAAAAAUUUAUAGUAAUAAAAGUGGAUACAGUAAUAGAUGCAGAUAGGUGAACUGGUUGAUGACUUGGGUCAAGGAAAACUUCAGGAAAGGUAAUUUUCUCUUAAUGGACAAGCUGUUUUUCCCCAUCCAUAUCUCCACUGGACUGCCAAGGUGAACUCUGUUUUGCAAAUCUUAAAACAAUUUUGUCCAUUGUCAGGAAAACAUACUGGACAUAAGCAAGGCAGGGUGGGAUUGAAGCUAGUGGCUCUUUGAACAAUUUCAGCCUAUCCAUCAUUUUGAGAAAGACAUGUGAAACUUGCUUUGACAGCAGUCAGAGAAAUACCAAAGGUUGUUGUUUCAUAUUAUCCUAAAUAGGUAAUCCCUGUUUAUAUAGACAAAGAUUCCCAGGUGCUUUAGCUGUGUACCAUCAAGCUGAUUUUGUCAGGACAUGUUUGUAUGCUAGAGAUUAUGAGUCUUGCCCAAGCCUUGAGACAAAAGUCUUGAAAUUGUCAACUGAGAAUUCUAGGUUAAUUCUACAAGGUAGAGAUUCUGUGGUCCCACAGGUGAUGCAGGCCUUUCUGGGGAGGUAUGCUCACCCCUUCCUUAAGCCCAGUUUUUGAUUACAAGGCGGUGGACUUUUGACACAUUUCUUCAUUUUCUUUCCAUCAUAAAGAUGCCAGCAGCGUUUCAGCCUUCUCCUUGUUUUUCAAAUGGUCCAUUUUCCUCCACAAGCAAUUGAAAUGAUCCUGCCUCUUCUUGAUCCAUUCUUCAUUUCUUGAGUUCACUUGCUCAGCUGUCCAAAUGUUGAACUGCAACUACCAGCAUCCGUCAACUUCAGCUAUUCCGGCAAGGGCUGCUAGGAUCUGUGCAACGAUAUUUUCAAGGCCUCACUUUGCACACCUCUGUACCCAUUGCAUGUGCACGUCUUGCCCAUUGAGGCAUCCAUCUUACAUUAUUUGAGGCUCAGACAUCUUUCUUUCGCCCUUAAUUCAGAAUCAAGCUAAACUCUCAGCAGAAUCAUCUGGUGCAGUUUUACUCACCCACUGGAUGAGGAACUAACAUGUUCAAAUGUCCUCCAGUUCUAUAAACUGUCUGCUUGUACAGUGCACCCGCGUCAUAUGCGGCUUUCAGCAUAUGCUGAAAGCCGCAUGGGGAGGAAGGGGCGGUGCGUCCCAUAGGGACAAAUGGGGUGUGUGCCUGUGGCGCGUGCACGAGCCCCAUUCAUUUAAAUGAGGCUCAACCAUAGCCAUUAUUUGUUUUACGCGGGGGAGUCUGGAACGGAUCCACCGCGUAAACAAAGGGCGCACUGUACUCUUUCUGCUCCCUACCUUCAGUGAGUGAUAAAACUACAGCUUUCUUUAAACCCUAACUUUUCCUGUCAGCUUUUUGAUCUAACUCUUUAAUUUUCCAAUGAACUGUAACCAAAUUUGGGAAUAGAUAAAUCCUUUUGAUUUCAUUCAUCCUUGCAACCCUUUUCUCAUUCCUUACCUUGCGCUCCAGUUAUUUUCACUGUUUGAGGUUAUGACAGUCAUGCAUGGGGGCCCAUCCAUUUUCUUAUGAAGCUCAGCAAAGUGCUAUUUAUUCUUUGGGAGGCACAGCAAACCUCAGUUUUUCUCUCUGAUACACCAUUGUUUUCUGUUGAGGAAAUGGGUGGAUGUUUUAUAUUUUUCACUGGGGGAGGUGGUUCCAUGUGGACCUGAUGCAGUAUCAUCCAGUUCAGUUUGUAACUGAGCCAUAUUGUGUAGGUUGAGUUCAUGCCUAGAGCAACAGAAUGAGUUAAAAGGAGUGGUGGAGGAAGCAAUCCUAUGCCAAAAAAGCAAAGGCUCUUAGAAUAUCAGAAGUAACAUGGGAGCAAUCAUUUCCCCAUUCACAAACCUGCAGCUGUUUAAUGUUACCCAGUAGCAAAGCUCUUAAAGGAAUAGAAGUCUGAUCCCUUUUGGAAUAUGGUCAGCUUGCCCCUAAUAUAAAUGAACACUUUGGAGCAAGUCAAGUUGAUCGUUUAUGUAACCACUGAUCCAGAUUUCAACAAGCCUCAUAUUGCAUUCAUGUGUAAUUUUUUUUAACAGCUCCUUCUCAAUGUAACAUUUGCUUUACAAAAAGAUUAAGCAUUCUGUUGACUUGUCCUGCUUUUAAAGCACUAGCAGAAACAGCAAUCCCUGGGAAAAAGUUAUUUUGCUGAACGAAGUCCCAAUAAUGGCUACUGACUUCCUUUGAUACAAAUAGCUGGGUGAAUAAGUGCUCAAUGGCAUGUAGGAUCAAUGUGGCCCAUAACCAAAGAUUUCCUUAUUUGGGAUCAUUCAGUCUUUAAUGGGUAUGUUUAAUAGUAUGUCUAAAUGUACGUUGUUUCAUUAUAUAAUUGUUUUUUGAGAUGCCUCAUGCUUUACAUCCAUACUUUAAACAUGUAUUCUUUUUCCUCAUUGUCACAAUCCACCCUUUAGUUUGCUGAGAGAGUGGUCUGAUAUAAAAUAUACAAUAUUACAUUUUGCAAUCAAAACUGUAGCAGGCUGUCCAUUACCUAUCAUCAUAUAUAAAAGUGGAGCAUCGAGAAAAUGUUCUGCUUAUGAGUUAUGUACAGUACUUGAUAGCUUUCCCCUACAGGCCAACAUCAUUCUCAAAAGCAUGCACAGUUAAGCUGAUUUUUACUGGGUUUUACAUGUAGGCUUGUUUCUUGUUGCCAGAGGAAUUGAAAUAGAGAGAUGCUCUUAAUUCCUAAUGCAUAUGACAUAGAAUUAGAUUUCUUACCAUGCUUUGAUGUUGAAAAUCCAUUUCCAUAUACAUGAGCACAUUUUUUAAAAAGCAAAAACUUGAGUGGCCAGAGCUUGCAAAACAUUUUGAGGGACAAAUCCUUGGAUGGAAAUUGGAAAGAGAUAAUGUAUACACAUUAAAGCUUUCUUACUGCAGACUUUACUCACUAAAAGACAAAACCAUUUAAAAUAUACAUAUAUCAGUAGAACAAGGAACCAGCCAUUUGGCCAGGGAAUGGUUUGAGCUGUCUUUCUGCAUGCUUAAGUUCUUGUCCCAUGGUUUCCUCCUAAAACUUAGUCAAGAUUGUUUUGGGGGUACUGCAAUUCCAUGCUGUAGCAGUCAGGCUGGGGAUUCUCAGAGUUGCAGUCCAAAUGGUAACUUUUCCACAUUAUGAAUCCCUCCCUCCAAAAGGGGAAGAAUAUUUUACACUUCCAUUUCAAACUAGGUAUAGAUUCCUAUUAGAUCUAAAGUGGAGGAACCAUGGAUUGUUUAAGCUACAGUUCAAGAGCAAUGUAUGAUCUGAAACAAUGGUUUGCACCUGGUUUGUUCUCACUAAUCAUAUUAAAUUUAUUUUAAAAAUG